AUGUCGUUAUCGGUCGAGCCUAACACAGCCGCAUUUCCUUCAAGUGGGGGCGUUGUAAGCUUGAAUCUCACAAAUAACUCGGGAGAAACAUUAGCAUUCAAGGUCAAAUCUUCCAACAACGCUCUCUUCACUGUCACUCCAGUCUUCGGGCUUGUUGGCCCCUCAGAAUCAGCAGCCGUUCAAGUAACUUGCAAAGGACCUAUCACCAAGAGCGAAAAGAAAGUUAUUCAAUAUGCUAAUGCAAACGGCGCAACUGAUCCUCAAAGUGUUUUCGUUGGAAAGUCAAACCUCGAAUCAUUCACUGUCCAAUGCGUAGACCAAUCAACCGCUCCAGCACCCGCUGCUAUGUUUGAACAAAAUCCAAACGCUGCUCUUACGGAAGGAGCCGUACCAGAACAAUUUCCACAAGAUCAAAACCCCAAUGAUAACUUAGAAUAA